CGUUUAUAAAAUGGAAACUAGCCUUCUCGCCUCUUCUCAUAUCAAAACCCAUUUCUUCUUAAUUAAUAUACCAUCUCCUUUAAGCGGAGCAAGAGUAACAAACCAACAUAGAUUACUCAUCAAAAACCAUAACAUGCCUCUAAGGAUCAAACCCUUAUCUCUCUUCUUCCUCAUACUCCUCAUAGUUUGCUCUUCGUCAUUUGCUAAAGUGGAAGGCUCUAUCCAGCUCGGAGGCGCAAAGAUGCAUGAGAGUUUCAUGCUUCACAAGAGCGAUAAGAUGGAAGUGAAGAAGAUAAUGAGCCACAGGAAGUUGAUGUUCCACUCGACGGCAGACUACGACGACGCAGGUCCCAACCCUAAGCACGACCCAAGAAGGAGGCCCGGAGGCAAACCUUGAAUCAUUCAGCACCAACUUAUCUCCCUUUCUAUAUUUAUAUGAAAGUAUGUAUGUAUGUAUGUAUCCUCCUAUCCUGACAUUUUGUUUGAGGAUGAGAUCAGUGUACAAUACCCUUCGGAAACGCUUCGUGAAAGGAGGACUAGUGACAAGAUAUACUAAAUCAUUAGUUAAUUAUUAUCAUCUUGUUUUGUUUUAUUAACAUAUAUAUCAUGUAGUCCCUAUCUUCUAUGUACUUCGUUAUAUCGGAUAUUAAAUAAAGAGUUAUGGCUUUUAUUCGAGCAUCACUAGCUCGAUGCGUUCUAUGUAUUUUCGUUAAGAGGAUUAAAAUGAACAUUAUAGUUCUAUCAUGUU